AGUACAGCCAGCCACCCUUGCCAAACAAGAUACUAGCACACAGAGAGCGCACUGGUAGGCUACCCCUACGACUUCGAUUAGCCUACGUGAACUGAACGUGUUGACAGACCAUCCGAAAUACUAAACAAUGCACUGCGGGAGUUUGGAAAGAAUGGGGACACCGCGAAAAAGAACUCUUUCGCGAGGAAUGAGUGAGGAUGAAUCUUUACGACACAUAAUUAAGGAGGCUGAGGAGACCACCAAACGAUUGACCCGUAGUGAAAGCAGAUACGGAUCACUGAAAAGGGGAGAGAGAGACAACCAGAGUGAAGAUGAUAAACUUGCAGGCAUCCCUGAUAUGGUAGAACUCCAGGCAAAUUACGACAGCGUGCUGCUGGAGCUGCGUGAUCUGGAGGUUCGGCAGGCUGCUUUCCGGUUCCAGGUGGACCUGCUCCAGGACACUUUGGAGGGGACGGAGGAGAUGCUCUCUGAAGCCCAGAGGGAAACUCACGACAACAGCAUGGAGCUGGAGCGAGAAAGGGAGGCGAGACGGAAGUUGGAGGACAUGGUCAGCUCAUUAAGGCAGGAGGUAGAGCGGCUGAAAGAGGAGAGAAACAGCAUCCCAGUGGUCCCUGUCUACUCUCUGGUUAGAGACGCCACACAGGAGACUGCAACUGAGGAGAGCAGAGACACACAAACAACACCACCUCCUAACAAGCCAGAGGAUGCCGGACAAGAGGCACCUUUCACUCUGGUGCGAUUGGACAGCAUGCCUGUCACUCAAACUCAACCACCCGGCACUACAGAGGGGCAAGCAGACAGCCCGAAUGGAGGGCUGCUGUCGUUCUUCAAGAAGGGAAAAGGGGACCAGCCUCAAGAGGGUCGUGCUGGUCCUGCCUGGCUUCAGAACGCCCCCCAGGGGACAUCGGUGGAUCAGGAUUCUGCCCACGUCAGGAGCGCUCAGGAGGAAAACAGCGACAGCCCCCUGGCCAAACUCACCAGGAUGGUAAAGAGCUUUGGUCACACGCCGUCGCUGGACCUGGCUGACCAGCCUGUGCAGGAGGGAGUGUUUCGAGGCCCCAAGCAUGUUGGGGAUGACCCGGAGGACAACGACGAGAGCAGCGGCUACGAGGACGCACAGUCAGACUUACAGGAGCAGGAGACCCUCCCGGGUGCCUCCACACCAGACGGAUCUCCAGAUGGAGGUUUCCUUGAGGAAGAGAUGGGAGAUGAGGAAGACGGGGAUACAGCAGCCAAGACCGGGGAGCCAGGGAGCCCCAAACCAAACGACUCUUGUGUUUUGUCUUAAAUUCAGGACUCUUGCCGCUUCCUACUGAUCUGACAUUCCUUUUUAUCAAGCAUAGAUAAGUCUUAGAUGAUAUUACUCAGGCUCUUGCACAAUUCCAGCCUCAGAUCAGUUUCCGUCUUGCUACUUUUUACUUUGCCUGUGGUGAAACAGUGCUGAGAAUCUGUAAUCAUUGCUUCAACUCUCAGCCACCAGUGGAUCGCCCUUCAAUGAUUAACAGCUGACUUUGGAACGCUUUUACUUCCCCUCUCGUCUGCCUCGGAAGGGUAUGAGUCAACCCUCUGCCCGCCCGCCCUGCCCUGCGCGUCAUCAGAAAAAAUGGAAUUUUCUGAGCUGAUUUCUGGCUGUUUUUUGGCUGUAUCUUUUUUUUGGCAUCGAGAGUGUGACACGGGGGGGCACACUGCUGCUCUCCCGUCCAGUCCGGUUUCUGUUUCUGGCCAUGGCUCUCGUGACUGUCUAGUUCCAGGUCUUGACCUUUAUCUUUGAAUCGUGAAAAGCCUGCUGUUUAUGUCCACACAGAUAAUAGCAAUGUCAGUGUACAUAAUAGUAAUAAUAGCGUUCAUAUGUUUAGCAUCUGGGUUAUAUGAAGGGCAUGACAUAUGAUGUUGAUUUCAUCACCUAGAUAUGUUAGAUUUUAUUUGCUAUAUUUGUGCUUUUAUCACAGAUAUCUGCUGAUUUAAAGAAAGGGAAUACAAAACCCCUUAAAGAUUUUUUGAUACAGAGUUAUUUGGGACCAGAAAAAGGGAAACAGUGCCUUUCAACAAAAACACAUUUCAGACUAAAAAAUUACUUUUAAAAUGAGGAAUAUUCAUAUAUCAAAGCAUGAUAGACCUUAACCUUUAUGGGAAAAUGGGAAGUGUGUGUUUUCUGACUUAGCUAUGACAAAUCAAUGAAAAGUACAUUCCAGUUGUUUUGUUUGGUCUUAAACAUGAUUAGUCAUGGCUGUAUGGCAGGCUAAUCAGAGGUGUCCUUGAACUAAUGUUUGCUUAAGAGCUGCUGUACCUACUUGGGAGAGGCCUCGGUUUGUUUUCUUUUUAAAUAUAAACAUUGCAGGACAAUGUCUCUUUAUUGAACUAUUAACCCUUUAGGAUUAAGUCGUUUCUGUUACAUUUCACCCAUUUUUGGAGUUUUCGAUUGAUAUCUUCUAGACAAACAUUCAAUUGUUUUAAUUGCUAGGCCUCCCAAGGCUUUGAUUAACAUUAAUUUCAAUGUUCAAGAUGUUAUUUGUUCUUUUGUUACAGUGUCUUACAAGUAACUGUGUCUUACCUACAGUCUGCUGACUUUUACAUUUUGUAUUAGUCUAGUUAAAUUUGAACUGAUAAAUGUAAACAUAUACCAUAUAUAUGGUACUGCAAGCACCUUCCAGUUUCACUUUCUGAUCUUCUUUAUGUAUUUGUUAAAUAAGUUUGUAUGGUAAGUUGACUCACAGCACCUUGAAUCUUUUUAGUGAAAAGCUGUGUUUCAGUAGAAUAUGUAUAUUUCUUUUCUUCUGUAUAAUUUGAGGAAGACUGGUAAGGGGCAUGCUAAAUUAGCUUUAUGCUGUUAAGUCAUGUGGUUUUGCACUCACUGACAGGAUUUGUUGCACAACAUUAGAUGCUGUAUGAUAUGAGGGGUUUUAGAUUACAAACCAACUUGAUGGAAAAAACAUGGACACAUUUUCAUCCACAGGAUGUGUUCACUUUAAACUAUGUAUUUUGUACACUUCCAAUGGAUUUACUGUCGGCAUGUGGGUGUGCAAAUGAUUAAAAAAAGUAAAUCUACA